AUGGGUGGAUCAUCAUCACGUCAGCAGCCUCAAUACAAUCCUCCACCUCCUCCUGAUUCAAUUAUGGGGAGGCUUUACUCACAAUCUCAGCCUCAAGCGCUAUUUAGCUAUCAUCAAGAUGCUUAUGCGCCCCAUCAUUAUGAAGUCCCAUCUACAACUACAGCUCAAGUUAUUCCAGUGAGAUGAGACGCAACCAUAAAUAAAGGUUCUAUAAAGCUGGUUUCUAAUGAUUAUAAGCCCAAUUUCUAUCACCUUGAAUUUGAAUAUGACUCUGAAUUUCAAUGCUUAAUAAAUAUCUAUUUUUUUGCAGAUGAGCAAAUAGGGCCUGCUGGAGUCCAAUAUAUAGUGAAUACUAGCAAAUACCCGCAGCCACUUUUCUUAAAUCUCCCACCUGCGCAGUCUCAAAAAUGCAGCCAAGCAACUAUUGACAUUUCGAAAUAUUCUCCAGACGAAUUAUUUUUUAGAAAUAGCAACUCAUAUCCGAUUGUAAUUGAAAUUAUACCAAGGUAUCCUCCGGAAACCUCACGACCUCCACAAGCUUUGACUACAUAUUUAUCAUUUGAAAGAAAAGGCAGAAAUCUUGGAGUUUUCCCAAUUAGACAAAAAUUAACUUUGGCUGGACAGACUUAUACCGAUCUAUGUUAAUAGAAACUUUUAUGCCCAUUAUAGGCUCGUACCCCCGAUAUAGAUUUCUUUAUCGAACAGAAUGUAAUAGAAAGCAUAACGACCAAUAAAGACUUUAUUAAAGGAACGAUCUGGAUCUCUAUAUCAGGACAAUUAAAAAGUGGCAUGCCAAAAAAUAGUUGGCAUGCAAACGCGAUAAUUUUUAAAAUGGCUUUAUUAUAAAAUUAAUUUUAUUUUUAAGAUACCAUUUAGACUGGCGCUGAUAAAUAUCUUAUUUUAGAAUUUAAGUCUAAAUAUAAAUAAGUUUAAAUUUAAAGUACACAUUUAUUAUAUUUGUUAAGGCCUAUAAAUAUUUACAUUAAUUAGUGCCCAUAAAAAAAGACUGCUGGAGAAGUAAUCGAUAGAGUAAAACAGACCAAAAAUGUAUUAUUUUAAAGGCCAAACAAUAUGCCUUAAUUUUUAAAAAUUAAAAAUGUGCCACGGAUUGUGUACAUCAAAAUGGCUGAUCAAUUUAUAUUCAAUUUUAUAAUAAAGUAAUGAGUUUGAUUCGCUAUACAUUUUAGCUUCGGAGGAUGCUUAUUCAUGGAGCUCAUAAAGGCUCAUAUGAAAUUGCCUAUCGUGAAAAUAAAAAUGACUUAUAACGAAAACUAAAAAUUUGCUACGAACUGUGCAUCUAAACAGCUGAUCAUACAAUUAUUACUAUAAGGCUACAUCCAUAUUGUUAACGCAGUCACCACGGACCCAUUAGGAUUCACCAGUUUUGCGCUGUCCCGUUUCCACCUUGUUCGGCUGAAAAAAGAUUUGCUGGGCAGCUGUACAGCUCGGACUCCUCCCUUCGUCUUCUUGAGACUCUACUGCCAUGAAAAUCAGAAGUGAGAUUUCCCCAAAGAUGCUCCUCCUCCCCUUUCGGGAGAUAUGUUGAGUGGGCUGGCUGUAAAAACAGCUGGUCAAUUUAUUGAUUCAAAUAAUCAAAUUUUAUAAUUAAGUUGAUUUGCUUAAUUAUGGAGGUCCCAUAUUAAUAGCUUUAGUAUAAAAUAUGCAAAUAAUUUAGAGGCUUCUAAAAAAAGAAUGCCACUAUAUUAUGAUUAUGCAAACUUACUUUAGCAUAAUUUCUAUAGGGAAGAGAAAAUCCAGGUAAGAUAUUUAUCAUGCCCAGUCUAAAUUAUUAUCCUUAUAAUAAAAAAUAUUUUUAUAAUAAAACCAUGUUAAAAAUUAGCGAGUUUGCUUGCCAACUUUGUUCACUUUUUCGCAUUCCACUUUUUAACUCGUCCUGGCAUAGAGAUCCAGCUUAUCCCUUUACUAGAGUUUUCUUGGUCGUGAUACUUUCUAUUAUAUUUUGCUCGAUAAAGAAAUCUAUAUAGGGAAAUGGACUCUACUAAUUAUGAUAAAUGAGGAAUCUAUCACUCAAAAUUGGAAUAUGAAUUGAUGGAGAUUUAUGGGUUCUCUGAAAAGCAAGGCGCUGACAAUUCAAACUGUGUGAUUUGCUUGUCAGAAAAAAAUGACACAACAGUUAUCCCAUGCAGACAUGCAUGCCUCUGUCAAUACUGCGCAGAAAUGCUUAAAAAUCAAGGUAGAAAUUCUUGUCCGAUAUGCAGAGGCCCUAUUAGUUCUUUUGUCACAAUUAAACUAGAUUAA